GAUUAAUUAAUGUUGAAAACAAGAACAGUCUUAAAGUGACUUAAUUCAUUAGAGAUGAAUUGUUUUCAGGCUAUUAAAGAAUGGGAGGUGAUAAAUAAUGUCUCAUAUUAUAAUUAUGCUAAAAUUAUUUUAGGUGAGAGCAAUGCAAUAAACUUGUGCCAAAGGAGUGUCUUGCCAAAGCUUUGCAUAAUUUUUUUAUAAUUAUUGUUUGUAUUUGUCUAUUUAUUUUAGAAAAAAUUAUUUGGGUAAUCAUUAACCGGCAUUCCACCACACAACAGCGCGUUGAAUUUACCGUAAAACUUACUUGCUCUGUUAAAGGAGCUACUUACGGGACCCAGAGAAAAGCUGGUUCCUGGGUGGACGAAGAACAUGGGAGAGAGAGAGAGAGAGUAGGAAGGGUAGCGACGAGAUUUUGCUACAACAACGAAAAGAUCGUCUUUUUUUCGCCCAUUUCACCUUGCCUUCGCACAAGGAAGGAAGGUGGGAACGACGGGGAGAGGAAAUUGGCGCGGCGAUGGGAGUUGUCCUCCCACUCCGAUUCUUGUUCGUCGUCGUUUUCGUGGCGGUCCUUACCGGUUUUCAUGGCGUCGGUUGCUCCUCGCAGCCUCCUAUGACACCAAUCCCUUUUGAUCUCUACCAUUCGAGUGCUGCUUUAUUGAAAGAAAUUAAGGCGACGGUAGUUCGACAUCCAGAUACUUUGACUAUGGAAACUAUAAAAGCGGGCAAUAAGGGCUAUGCUGCAGAGGUUUUGGUUGUCACGUACAAUCGACAGACGGAGGAUUUAGAUGACCAAUCAAAGCUUAGGGUACUUCUGAGCUUUGGACAGCAUGGGAGAGAACUUAUUACCUCUGAGGUAGCUUUGCAACUACUUUCUGUUUUAGCCAAAGAACGUAAUAUGCAAAGAGCGGAUCUUAUGUCCCUCCACAAACUGCUGGAUAACCUUGUCAUAAAGAUGGUGCCUAUGGAAAAUUUGAAUGGCCGCAAACUUGUUGAAGCAGCAGACCUCUGUGAGAGGAGAAAUGGAAGAGGAGUUGAUUUGAACAGAAAUUGGGGCGUGGACUGGGGCAAGAAGGAGAAGGAUUAUGAUCCAUAUGAAGAAAAUCCUGGAACAGCUCCAUUCAGUGAGCCUGAGGCUCAAAUAAUGCGGCAGCUUGCAAAGUCCUUUGAACCUCAUAUUUGGGCUAAUGUUCACUCAGGAAUGGAGGCCCUAUUCACGCCAUAUGAUCAUAAGAACAAAACGCCAGAUGGGUCCAUGUCAAAUUUGAUGGACUUUAUAUUGAGGGAAGUGAACCAUCUUCAUUUUGAAGACAAAUGCUUAGUUGGGUCUGGUGGAGGUUUGGUUGGGUACCUUGCUCAUGGAACCACAACUGAUUAUAUGUAUGAUGUCGUCAAAGUGCCAUUGGCUUUCACUUUUGAGAUUUAUGGUGAUUCAGAAGCAUCCUCGAAAGACUGUUUCAAAAUGUUCAAUCCAGUAGAUAAACUUGUAUUCAAUAAAACUGUCGACAAUUGGACUGUGGCAUUCCUAACACUUUUCAAGCUAGGAUUUUUGCAGCUCCGCGACAACCAUUUUGCUCCAUCUGCCGACUUAAGAAAAUGGGUUCCGUUUGGAGGUAGAGUUACCUAUGGAAGCCACGUAGGAGAGAUUAAGGACAAGAUGGAUGGACUCGAACUUGGCAUGCAAGACAUGCGCACAUAUUUCCGGCUCUUCUUGUUAUCAUCUGUGCUUUUAUUGUUCAUGUUCUGCUCAAGAAUUACAAAGAGCAAAUAUAGACAAAUAAAUUGAGACUGUAAUUUAUCAAAGUUGUAAUCUCGAUCUUCCUUCUGAGCCACAUGCUCAGCCAGUUUUUCUGGCACUACCAACAGCUCCAGUGCCAAUAUCUUUAGGUUUAGUUUAUAAUGGCUAAGAAUCUCCCUCCACUAGUGCUGUUCUUGUAGAAUUUGGAGCAUGGAAGUGGCUGAAGAACUCAUUAGACUAUUGCAAUUUGGUAGUUUUGAUGGCAAAUGAGUACCUUUUCAACGGUUUAAUCCUCUGAAUAAGAUUCUUGCUAAUAUUGUUGCCCAUUGUUUUCUCAGAAAUGUUAUACUUGGCAUUGUGAUAUUAACUAUUUCUAUAAAUUAAAGAUAUUCAUGAGAAAUUGUGUGAGAAA